AUGAACUAUACACACGAGGAUUACACUGUAGCAUUGAUUUGUGCUUCUCCAGCCGACUGGGUAGCGUCUAAACUAAUGUUAGAUGAGGAGCACCCUAGCCUCCCAGCGGACUUUCAGUGUAGGUAUACCUUGGGACGGAUCGGACCGCAUAAUGUUGCAAUUGCUUUCCUUACAGGAGGAACCACGAGUCCAUGGGAAGUAGACUACCUUCUCUACCACUUUCGGAAUAUCCGCUUUGGCUUGAUGGUCGGCAUUGGAGGCGGAGCGCCAGCCACCCCAAGCGACGAUCCGAAUAAAGACAUCCGGCUUGGGGAUGUAGUAGUCAGUCACUCGGAAGGCAACCAUGGAGGCGUUUUAAGAUACAACACGGGCGAAAUUCCUCAAAGAUGCUUUUUUUACAAACCGCCUGCGAUACUUACAACCGCAGUCUCAGAACUUCGCUCACGAAACGAGGCUGUGAGGAACGCAAUCAGUCAACAUAUUUCGAACAUGGUGAAGUCACGUCCAACGAUGAUGGAGGUGUUCCAAUAUCCAGGCCACGAGCACGAUCAGCUGUUUGAAGCGAAUUACGAGCACAAGUGGGGAGGCAUAGGUUGUAAAAUGUGCGACAAGGAGCGACUGGUACAUCGAAAGCUCAGAGACACGGAGCAUCCUGUAAUUCACUACGGUGUUAUUGGCUCAGUAAGGGAGGAUAUGCGGCAUAGUGCUACUCGAGAGAAGCUCCGACAGGAGCACGGGAUCCUUUGCUUUGAGACGGUGGCUGAUGGGCUCAUGCUCAAUUUUCCGUGUCUUUUCAUCCGAGGGAUCUGUGACUACUUCAACACCCACAAGAAUGAGGACUGGAAAGAGUAUGCGGCGGUAACGGCAGCGGCAUAUGCCAAGGAGCUUCUCCAAACCAUACCCGCAAACCAGGUGGUGCGGGCCAAGAAGGCACUGAGAAUUAUGGAGCAGACAUCAGCAGAGGUCGGGUCUAUAAAUAAAGACCUCGAGCGUCUAUUAAAUGAACAACGACGUAAAGAACGUGACGACAUUUUGGAUUUGAUCAUGUCUUCUCCUACCUACGAAGACCAACAUAAGGACAUUCUUAAGCAGAGACAUCCAGGAACUGGGCAGUGGUUUCUGGAGUCUCCCGAGUUUACCAAGUGGCUGCGGGGAGUCUGCCGGAACCUCUACUGUUCCGGUACUCCCGGCACUGGCAAAACUGUACUGGCAUCAGUCGCGAUAGAGCAUAUACGAGCUCAAUCCGGCAUGGGACGACCUGUCGCAUUCAUAUACUGCAACUCCCAAAUGAAAAAAGAACGGACUGUUCAAAAGCUGCUUCGCAUGGUCCUUCAUCAAUUUCUCAGCCAAUGCGCUUCCAUUCCGGUGUCAGUUAAAGGGGUCCUCGAAAGCUCCAUGAGACUUGAAAGACAGCCCCGGAGUCGGGCAAUAAUUAAAGCAAUACAUGAAGCUAUUGAGGAGCAGGGUGGAGCAUAUCUAGUCCUCGAUGGCCUGGACCAGUGUUCGUCCCUUGUCCGCAAAGGUCUACUGACCCUCGCUCGCGAUUUGCAACAGGACACCUAUACAAGUCUUAUGGUCACAUCCUGCCCUAUACACAGUAUUGAAAGACGGUUUGCAAGAGUGACAAGGCUAGGCAUUCCAGCAGACUCGAGAGACAUGGAAUGCUACUUGGAUGGCCAUCUAUCGACUCUGGCUCUAUACUAUCAAGACAAUGCUGUUUUGUGGAAGAAGCUCAAAGCAAGCAUUAUCAAGAGGGCGAAGGGAUCGUUUCUUGAGGCGAAUGAUUUUCUUGAGACUCUAAAGGUGUGA